CUGCCCUAAAACUGAAGGCAAUCCAAGUCUAAAGAGUUGAGGUGUCUCAGGUUCUGGGGCAAGCCGUCCAUAGUUAUGGCACUAUUACUCGGUUUCAUAUUGGGGUCAUUGUUUACAGGGACAGCCAUGGAUUUGGAUCCUCAAGGUUGUGGUACAAACAGUGUUGGUUUUGAUUACUCAACCCUCACUAAAACAAACAACAAACGAAUUGUUGGAGGGAACAUAGUGACACCUCAUUCGUUUCCAUGGAUGGUUGCUUUGAAGUAUCGAGGGGUCUUCCAGUGUGGAGGGUCUCUUCUGAAGGGUUCCUCUAACAAGUGGUAUAUACUCACGGGCGCACACUGUCUGCAUGGAGCAGUAGUAUCUGAUUUGGAAGUCGUCCUUGGUGCUCAUGAUUUAUCCAAAAAUGAAGCUUCAUCCGAGACCAUCGCCAUUAAGCAAACAAUGAACCAUCCGUCAUUCAACCCUAUCACGUUGGAAUAUGACACGGGUUUGAUGGAACUUGCUGUUCCUCCACAAAUACAACGGCCAGAAAUCAACUUCGGCUGUGUUGCCGCCAACAAGCCGUCAUCAGGAACCAUAUGCUAUGUUAUUGGAUGGGGUACCACAUCCGUAGAAAGUGCCCCAUCAGACAUGCUGCAAGUAGUGGACAAGCCAAUCAUGUCCCAGCAAACAUGUGAAGGUAUCUAUGGUACUGACUUUCGCAACUCAUCAAUGCUGUGUGCAGGCUAUCCACAAGGAGGGAAGGAUUCUUGCAAGCUGGAUAGCGGAGGGCCAUUAAUGUGCUAUCACAACAGCCGUAUGGAAAUUAUCGGUACCGUUAGCUGGGGAUUUGGCUGUGCAGAACCAAACUCACCAGCUGUUUACUCCAGUACCGUGAGUGCCCGGCAGUGGAUUGACAAGACCAUAAAUGCUUAAAGACAACCUGGGACAUGAGCUGUAAUAAACUCUAAGAAACUGAA